AUGAGCGAUGAUGACAAUUCGCACAAAAAAGGCCUCUCGUACAACCCCCUGCUCACCAAAUGCCACUUCUCUUGCACUGUCCGUAUUUUUUAUAAUGAUAACCACCAACUAAUACAAUUCCAUUCAUUACCCCCUCCGCCACUAGCUCCGCAAGCCCUACACCACACACUCAUUACCCAUUCCGCCACCACAAUUCCCACACCACAUGCACUCAUUACCCAUUCCGCCACCACAAUUCCCACACCACAUGCACCCAUUACCCAUUCCGCCACCACAAUUCCCACACCACAUGCACUCAUUACCCAUUCCGCCACCACAAUUCCAACAACCCACUCAUUACCCAUUCCGCCACCACAAUUCCAACAACCCACUCAUUACCCAUUCCGCCACCACAAUUCCAACAACCCACUCAUUACCCAUUCCGCCACCACAAUUCCAACAACCCACUCAUUACCCAUUCCGCCACCACAAUUCCAACAACCCACUCAUUACCCAUUCCGCCACCACAAUUCCAACAACCCACUCAUUACCCAUUCCGCCACCACAAUUCCAACACCCCACUCAUUACCCAUUCCACCACCACCUCCAAAAUUCCAACAUCCCACUCAUUAA